GGUUUCAUUUCAUGAUUUCAUAUUUGUGGGUGAUUGUCGUCUGUGGUUUCAUGUUCAUGGUGCUUGGUGAUUACUCGAUUUCUCUUUCUUUUCGUACAUUAAUUUAAAGUUAUUUACGACAUUUAAUAAUUCUUGUGUACUUUCAAUCAUUUUGAUAAUGUGCUCGUAAAGUGUACAACUAGUGAGCAGCGACAUAAAAUCAAUGUUCGUACGUGGUUUGUAAUUGUGAAGCUUACGAUUUGAAGAUGGCCAACAAUCGUAUACCGUCUGGUCCGAAUACGCCCGGAAGCCAGCAGACACCCACGCAGCAGGGUAUAAAAAUAUUCAUACAGAGAGACUACUCUGAAGGGACUGCGGUCAAGUUCCAAACGAGGUUCCCACCGGAAUUGGAAGAUCGGAUAGACAGACAAACAUUUGAAUUUACAAUGGAGAGAUUGAAUGAACAUUUUGAAAUGGCAGAGACGGCAGACUGCAGCACUUACUGUGAGGGGUGCCUGGCCUGCCUCACUGCUUACUUUAUUUAUAUAUGCACAGAAACACAUUAUGAGAAGCACCUCAGGAAAAUAUCAAAAUUCAUAGCAACACAGAACGAAAGAGUCUACAACCCGAGAGGUAUACAUAUAACCGAUCCAAUACUCCGUGGGUUACGAGUCAUUGAGAUAACCAUAAUAGACGUCCCAAACUGCCAGAGUCCUACGGGUAACUCGACUAACUCACAGCUGAGGCACACUUGACCACCACACGAGAACAGGGAGUUCUUUAUGUAACAAUUAAGAUAUUGGUUUUAAUAUGUUUGGUGCUUCGUCGCUCACAUUAAUAUGGACAUAGAAAUAACUGUUACAUCCAAACACCAUUUUAAAUUAUAGACAUGUUACGUGCAUUCAAAAUCAGCACACAAAGUGAUCCGAAUUUAGUUGCCUCACUGACACACACAUGCAACAUUUUAUGUUUAUGUUAUAUUUAUGUUUUACACUUAUUUUACACACAAAUCGACACUAUUUAGGUAUUAUUUGUUUCUAACUUUCGUUGUUUACUAUUUUAUUAAAUGAAAUUAAGACAAUUAGCCACUUUUCUGCACCUCAGUUUAGAUGUCUAGUAACUUGAGUGAGGAAAUCCUCACAAUAAGCGUUUUCUCAAGGAUCAGUGCCUUCUGUUUCUGACCUUUUUGAGGUGUUGUUUGAAGCUUUUCAUUAAAACACCAUUGGCUGAAAGUACAUGAGCAAUAAUAGUUGUUAAAUAAACAUUAUAUGUAUAUUAUGGCGGUAAUCAUUAUUAUUAAAAUGUUGAAUGAUUAUGUUUGUCACUAUUGAAGUUAGCCAUUCAUCAGCCAAUUACAGAUUUCAAGCUAAAAAGAUAUCAUGAAUAUAUUUUAAUAAAUAAUUUAUAUUAUGUUAUCUAUACUAAUAUUAUAAAGCUGAAGAGUUUGUUUGUUUGAUUGAUUGAACGCGCUUAAUCUAAAGCACUACUGGUCUGAUUUGAAAAAUUCUUUCAGUGUUAGAUAGCCCAUUUAUAGUGGAAGGCUAUUAUCCCCGUAUUCCUACGGGAACGGGAACCACGCGAGUUAAACCGCCCGGCGUCAGCUAGUUUAUAAUAUAUAUCAGAGUUAGGAUGCUAAUGGUCCAUUUCCAUUUCCAGUUCCAUUGGUCCUGGACGUGAAAUUCAAAUUUUUUAUUUACAUCAAAACAUGUGUACAAGUUGUCAAGAAAUUCAGUGUAGAUCACAGAUUAAUCAAUACUAGGCAGAUAGAGCGUACGAAACACGACGGUGUCGUAGCCGCUCUAAAUACAAAAUUCAAAACAAAAACAUUCUCGAGUCAUUACAACACGAAGCGUCGCGUCAGUAACUUUUUUAAUAUUAUCCAAGAAAAAUGGCGUCUUAUAUUUUUAAAUAUUUUAAAAACUGUUUAAAAUUAAAUAAGAUGGAGUAUUUUUUUUAAUUGGUAAUUUUUGAUUAUCAUAUUAAUUAACCUAAUUGUUGUAAGUAUUAAAUUUUGAAAUACAAAUUAUGAAAUAAUUUUGUAUAUGCCAUCCGCAUAUAUCAAGGAGACGCGUGACGGCUGUUUUUUUAUGGGUUUCACCGGCUUCAACACGCUGCUGGUAAAGACUCAUUCUGUAUGAUCUUUAUUCUAUGGUGUAGAUACAAUGUUUUACCUUUACUGGCAAAAUAUUGUAUCUUAUCAUGACCAGAAAUUACAUUAUGACCAGAAUAUCUGAUGGUCAGACUGUUUCUUAAGUUUACAAAACAAAUUUGAAACUGUCAUGUCUUGUAAGGGGAUGAAUUAUAAAAUAAACACAUAUUUUCGAAAUCACGAUUAUUUUGCAAUAGGCAUGUAAAAAUUAGAUAACCGACUUAAAGUGUCUCAUCUUCUCAUGAUAAUGUUCUUAACAAUCAAUGAUAAUAGAUAACAUAAUAUUUUAUCUAUAUAAAAUUUUCAAGUAUUGUUUGAUAAGGGAUCAUGGAAAAAAUCGGGUGUGGUGGUGUCAAGAUGUACAACCAUAGAUUUCAGGUCAUUGGACACAUAUCAACUCUGUAUCACUUAUCGGCUGAGAUGAGACAAUUGCAUUACGGUUCCGUUUAGUGAGCGUUGCAGUAAAGAAGUUCAUAUAAAUCAGAUUCUCUAGCGAAGGGUUGACACGAAGCUAAGGGUUUACUGAGACAUUAUGAUAUCCAUGGAAACUAUAAAAAAAUAGGUUUAAUAGUUGUACAUUUGAGUAUCUUCAGAUUAAUUCACUAUUUUUGAUGUAUGUUAGUUGUCACGUACGAAAUUGGGAUUCUACCAUCGAUCUCCUAUUAAAAAGUAGAUGCGCAAUCAGCGACCAUAAAACGUCUCCACUCAAUGAGUGCCAAACACAACUUCUUGGCACUCAAUUCAAGUAGUUGCAUUUGCAAAUUCAACCUUAAACUCAAUCCUUAAGGUUGAAUUUGCUCUGAAUUUGGGAUUGUAUUGAAAAUUGGACAUUUAAAGGCUUUUAGGUAUAAUUUUCUUUACUCAUAAUUCUAAAACUGUCAAAGCAAAAUUGGGCAGCUUUUAAGUGAAAUUUUCUACAUGAUUGUGUGUCCUUUUAUUAUAAGAGGUCAAUGGAUUCUUUGUAACAAAUGUCAUUCAGUGCUUACUGACAACCCUUCGUGGAUAUCAUACAUUUAUUUUAAUAGGUUGUUAAUAAAUACCAAAUUAGAGAACAGGCCAGCGGGAGUGUGGAAACAUGCUAUUUUCAAAACCACCACAGUCAAACUUCAUAAUUCAGUACCUACAGAUCUCACAAUAAGGCCUAAGCUCUCAAUUUCAGGCUUCGUAAAAUGAGGUAGGCUAUUAUAUCUGAGACAAAUAGUGCUUUUUUAGUUAACAAUCCCUUUCAAUCUCAGACCAAUUAUAGAAGGACCUGUAUCGCACUCAUAGUCACGAACAAAAUUGUCUGUCAUUUUCUGAGGAAACGAGCUUACAUUUGGUAUAUAUCUUAUACUAAAUUAGAAGUUUUGGCCCGUUUUUUACACCAAUCAACUACACAAAAAGGUAUUUUUACGGAGCUCUUUAACCGACUAACACGAUUGCAACUAUUUAACAUCGAUUCUAUAGAGACAGAUUUUAUAAUUAUCAUUAGAUCGUUGAUCAUAUACUUUGACAGAAAAGUAACGUCUAACGAGGCAGGUCCUAUACAAUAAUUGGUCUGAGCUUUCAAUACAGUCCACUUUAUUAAACUUCAAAAAUUAGAAUUUUCUGUAACAGUUGUUUCUGUGUCGUUUCAUGUAUACCAUUUGAUACACGAGGUCAUUCCAAUUGUUUGAGUAUGUAUUGAUUGAUUGACAUAAUAUGAUUGUUGGUAUUAUUAGAUAUGUAUAUAAUUAUUCAUAUGUUUUAGUGUUUACCAGUUAUUUUUGCUACUGCUUUUUUAUUGUAGAUUAAACGAAUUUACCUUAAGUGAAGUUCUAUACUAAUUAUACGAGUGUUUUUAACUUAUUAGAUUAUUUCUGUUAUUUAUUAUUAUUAUGACACUGACCGACAACGUGUGAUGUUACACAUCCAUCGUAGAAUUUUCAUCUCAGGGACUUGGCAUUGACUGAAACAACUAUCGGGACAAUAAUAGUUGACUCAACAUUCCACAUGGAGGUAAUCUCGUGAGCAAGGUCCAAGUAUACUUUUUGAUACUUUUUCCUUUUUAGCUUUAACCAGAUUAUCGUUACAAAUUACACAAUAAUCUUGAAGUCUUAAAACGGCGAAGUAUAAUUAUUAUAAUAUUAUAACUCACUUCGUUUGGUUUAUAAACCACUAUCAAGUUUGAUAAAAUCAUUAUUGUGUAUUUGUUAUACUACAUAAUUAGGGCCAAUGAAGAUUUAAUUUUUUUUACAUAAACUCGAUGGCUUUGAAACUAUCACUCCACACACACACAGUCCAAGGCUUAACAGUCAAAAGGACCACAUUAUAAUCCAAAAGUUCUAGGGUUCAAUUCUCGCUCGAUUGAAUAUUUUCAUACCCCUAACACUAGCUUUUGAUUAUGUUGGGAUUACUAGUCAUAUUUUAAAGAUAUUUUUAAUAAUACAUUCAGAUUUCUAAUCUAUCUUUAAAAGCACAGGUAAUCUAUCUUUCUUAUCUAUCUUUAUAGGUAAUAACAACAACUUAGAUUUACACUUUGUAACCAAAAUGAUUGGUCAGAUCAAUGUAUCAAAAAUAACUGGUAGAUACUAAACUAAAAUGUAUGUAAAAUCAUAAACCACACUUUUUGUGACAUGAGCACCUAAUACUAAUAUAUUAAAACCAAUUGCGUAUUUUAAGUACCUAAUUAAAUAAUAAGUUAAUUCGCUAAUAUUGACAAGUUGCUGCGAAUGUGGAAUGCUGAACAAAUAUAGACAUUUUUAGGAUGCACUUUUAAAAAUAUAACUUAUAGGUAUUGACAGAGGUCCGAACUAGGAUCAAUUUAGGAUUUUAUAUUAUUUAAAUUAGUUCAGGUUUGCUUUGGUGGUAGAAUUUAUGUGAUGUUCGUCACAUGUCCGGACUCCCUAUAAGGAUAGCUAAAAAAAACGAAAAUAUAGAAAUAUGCAUAGCUGAGAUUUUUCUAUCGAGUUCUUAAUGUAUAUGCCUAUAGCAUUCAUAUCUUUUUUUUUUUUAUUCUUUACAAGUUAGCCCUUGACUACAAUCUCACCUGAUGGUAAGUGAUGAUGCAGUCUAGGAUGGAAGCGGGCUAACUUGUUAGGAGGAGGAUGAAAAUCCACACCCCUUUCGGUUUCUACACGGCAUCGUACCGGAACGCUAAAUCGCUUGGCGGUACGUCUUUGCCGGUAGGGUGGUAACUAGCCACGGCCGAAGCCUCCCACCAGCCAGACCUGGGCAAAUUAAGAAAAUCUCAAUCUGCCCAGCCGGGGAUCGAACCCAGGACCUCCGUUUUGUAAAUCGACCGCGCAUACCACUGCGCCACGGAGGCCGUCAAAAACAUGAUAACAGUGAUGAUGAUGAUAUAACAGGCAUUUCAACCUACCUAAUGUAAAUAUUUGUGCAGCAACUAAUUAUGUACUAUUUAUAUCUGAUUGUGUGAACGAACUCCCUUAUAAAAUCUCUCUAUCAUAGUCGUACGAUUGACCUAAUAGGCGUUUUCACACACGAAAUCCAGUGUUGGUAAGCUUAGGAAACAAUUUUUAAUAGGCAUAGCGUGUGAGUUCUCACCAGCGCAAUAUAUGUUAUAAUAUCGUAUGAUGUUUGAGACGUUUGUAUAUAGACUGUUGAAAACGCCUGUAAGUCGAUGGUUUUAACUAGAGAAAGGCACUGCAUUUAUGCAUAUAUGAUGUGCCAGCUUGCGAUAGCUCUGUCCUAUACGUCAAGUUGACGUUUAUACGGACGGCAAUGUGGAUAUUUAUGAUUGAAUUUAGUUAAAAGUUAGUUAAGUUUAGAAUUUUUAACUUAUUUAAGUAAUAUUAAUUUGAAAUGUAUAAUAAUUCAUGGUAGAUUUUAUACGUAUAACUUAGCCAGAUAAAGGAUUAUAGAAUUUUGAGGUAAAUUAUUGAUUAAAAUUACUAUUAUUUAAUAUUAGAAGGUAGUUUAUAUAUUUUUUGUAACAAAAUGAAAGAAGUAAUGUUUUAUUAAUUUUAUGUAGGUACGAGUAUGGUAGGUGUGUUAUAAAACACUAUAUGUUAUAUGUUAAUUAUUGUUAUUUUAUAUAUGUGGUUAAACAAUGCGAGUGUAUCGCGUGUGAUUCAUAGGUACUUGUUAAAUUUUAUUUCAGUCAGUGUUACCGGUGAUGAAAAUUUUACUUGAGUCGAUUUUUGAUUUUAUUUUCUGUUUAUCAUAUUUAUAAAACUGUAAAAAAAAACAUAAUAAUUUCAUCAUAAUGAUUCCAAAAUACCAUCGAUCUCCUAUCAAAAAGUGGAUCCACAAUCAGCGACCAAAAACGUCCCCACUCAAUGAAUGCCAAACACAACUUCUUGACACUCAAUUCAGGUAGUCGCAUUUGCAAUAUCAACCUUAGACUCAAUGCUUAAGGUUGAAUUUUCUCUGAAUUUGGGAUUUUAUUGAAUGUUUGACUAGGCCUUUAGGUAUAAUUUUCUUUACCAACAAUUCUAAAACUGUCAAAGCAAAAUUGACCAGUUUUCAAGUGAAAUUUUCUACAUGAUUGUGCGUCCUUUUAUUAUAAGAGGUCAAUGUAAAUUACAAAAGGUUAUCACUGAAUGAAGCAGAAGAUAUUUUGACUGUUUCUAGACAGAGCUCAAUUAUUUUAUUUAGGGAACUUAGUUAUAUUGCAUUGACAAAGUACACUUAACGUGAAAAGUCUGGGAACAUAUGUCAAUGAAUCACAUGUGAGUCUUUAUAAUGAAAUGCAUUUCAAACAGUGUUAUUAGUAACGAGCUAGUUUUUUAUUAACCGACUUCAAAAAAAGGAGGAGGUUCUUCCAGAAAUAAACUAAAAAGCGAAAAAUAACAUCGUAUGUGCUACCUUUUACCGUUAUACGUGACUGGCUUUGCACCGCCUUCAAAGUGAUCAGAAGGUAGCACAUACGAUUUUAUUUAUCGCUUUUUAGUUUACUUUUGUGAUUUUGAAGUCAGUUCAAUUUUAUUGUUAAAAAGAUUUUAUGUAAACAAUGUUUUCUUUUUAAAAUGAAUAUGGGUCCUGUUUCUGUUUGUGUGACCUUAAAUAAGAUUUUCGAGUCUCCUUUACGACAUCUACGUCGCAAGAACAAACUCAUGAUUGAGAUCUAGAUCGAAACUGUUUAUAUUACUAUUUUAAUUUUUUUACAGAUUGGGCGAAUUCAUUUUUAAUUAUUUCUUUUUAAUAGGGAUGAUGACAGAUUAGGCGAAUUCAUGUUUAAUUAUUUCUUUUUAAUAGGGAUGAUGACAGUUUUUUAAAUUGUAUAUAAAAUAUGAAUAUGCUAAUAGUAAACCAAUUUUGUAAAAUUAACAUGUGCGAUCAUUACUUUCGGAGCUACAGGGAUUUAAAGGGUCAGAUUUGCGGCGCUGCCGUGGAUCCCUGAUAAACGCCCCAUACAAAAUGGUACGAACUAAUGACGUCGUAGGUAAUGUAAUGUUCGUUAGAUUUGUAUGGACGUUCAAACAAAAUUACUAAUAUCUUUGUUAUUUCUGCGUUUAUGUUUAUAGUUCAUGUAUUAAAAAAUGUUACAUUUAAUGUAAAUAAGCUAAAACUCCAUUAAUUUUCAUCUAAUUACGAUAAAAGAUUUUUAAUAGAUUUUGAAAUUUUAUAAUCUUAUUUAUUUUGGAAAUAUCUAGGAAAUCUUUGCUUUUUAUGUAUAAAUUAGUUAACAUUGACCUUAUUUACCCAAAUUUAUCAUACAAAUCAUUAUAUUCAAACCUAGUCAUCAUCCCCAUUGUAUCUGUACAGCUCGUGCGGAGUAACUUGACAGCUGGCUCGAAUGAUGUUUGUACUGUGAUUGUUUGGUUGUGUUUGGUAGCCAGGCGUCAAGUUAAUGCGCACGAAUUAUAGUGAUAUUUUAUUAACAACGACAUAGUGAAGUCAGUUAUUUUCAAUGAUGUUGACAUGGACGACGGAAACGGAUAUUAACUUUAGUAAAAUCUUCCUUAGCGUUAUAUUCGGUAAUUUAAAUUAGAUUAUAUUUAUUAUACCCGGAUAAAUAAAUUAAUUUCUUACCAUAUUUUAAUAGAUCCUAAAAAUAUUUUUAGUGAUAUUUAUGUUAUAGAUAUAAGGCAAUGUAUAUUAUUGUAAAAAAUAUUUCGAUUUGUAUAAAUAAAUUAUAUUAGAAAGAUAAUAA